AUGGGGAGCCUCCAGCUGCAGGACUUCGUGGCGGGCUUGGUGGGCGGAAUCGCCAGUGUGGUUGCGGGCCAUCCCCUGGACACGGUCAAGACUCGUUUGCAAGCUGGACAAGGAUAUGGAAAUACACUCAAGUGUGUUCUGACCGUGUACAGAAAUGAGUCUCUGACCGGCUUCUUCAAGGGCAUGUCCUUCCCACUGGCCAGCAUUGGCAUCUACAGCUCGGUGGUGUUCGGGGUCUUCAGCAACACGCAGCGGUUUCUGACCCAGCUCCGCCACGGGGACCCGGCCGCCGCGCCCUCGCUCGCCGACAUGACCCUGGCCAGCCUCGUGGCUGGGGUCAUCUCUGUGGGCAUUGGCACCCCCGUGGAACUGGUCAAGAUCAGGCUACAGAUGCAAACACAGCCCUACACCAAAGCAAAUGCUAAACUAAAUUCCUCAGCUCCUGGAUCUCCUGUGUACCGAGGCCCAAUUCACUGCUUAAGGACAAUCCUGCAGAAAGAGGGGAUUCCAGGAAUAUACCGAGGCAAUGUAGCAAUGCUCCUGAGGGAUGUUCCCGGGUACUGCGCCUAUUUCGUCCCGUACGCGAUGUUCUGUGACUGGAUAACCCCUCAUGGAAGCAUUGCUCCUAAUCCCUUCUCCAUCUGGGUGGCAGGGGGUGUAGCAGGAGCUGUUUCCUGGGCAGUAUGUACUCCAAUGGAUGUUGUGAAAAGUCGACUUCAGGCAGAUGGAGUUUAUUCAAACCAGUACAAAGGGACCAUUGACUGCAUGUUGCAGAGCUACCAGAAUGAGGGCUUAAAAGUCUUUUUUAGGGGCCUCCUGGUCAAUACAAUAAGAGGAUUCCCAUCGAGUGCAGCCAUGUUUCUUGGCUAUGAGCUUUCUCUCAAAGCAAUGAAAAGAUGCCAAAGUGAGACCAAUCCCUAA